UUACGAUUGUGACACUUGGCACUGCAAAGGCACAGUGAAGAUUGUGACAAGCAAAUUUUUCCACAGCUGAGGAAAGAGCAGUAAGUGGUGGAAACUGGUCUUCAUUUACACAGCGCAUAUCCACCCGUCACACUUCACAACUUAAAGAGCUGUUGGAUGCUGUAGGAAGAAUUGCUGCGUGAGAGCUUAACCAUUUCAAGCUUGCACUGCUGAAGGUGCUCGCCUGGGAAACAAGUGCUGUGACUCGGGCUUGGGCUCUGACCGCGUGGCUUGCCCUGCUCCAGCCCACGGUUGGAGCCUGAUUCUCCAGCUUCUCCAUUGCUGUUUCCUGAGAUCGCUGCCUGAUAAACAACAUGUACCAAAUCCUUAUCUCAGGCCCUGCUUCCAGGGGAGCCAAAGCCAAGAGAAAUGAAUCCAGAGAUCUAAGACUGAAUCAUCCAUGAAAUACAAUUUCCAAGGAAUGUGACACCAGGUACCUGGGCGGUUGGACUGGAAGGUGAGGUGCACACACUAUCCCUGCACACCAGUGCCCAUCCAGCUUAUUCAUGUUGCAUUUUGGUAUGCUAGGAACCAAAAGUAAGGUCAUUGAAGACACCAGACUAAUAAAAUAGGAAGAUCAUCAGCUGAGAAACACCUGCUGGAGAAAGCAGAGUGUCACAUCUGAAAGAUCAUGUCCAGAAGACAAAUCUUUCCUUCCUUUACCAAUGUCCCCAUUAUUUUCAACGGAAUAGUCUGUUAAGUAUAUUUGAGCUUCAUAAACUUAAUCUGAAAUGAUGAUUCUACAGCUAAAACGUUUUGAACACUGCCAUACUAGAGGGCCUCAUAAGCACUACAUCUGUUCCGCUGACAGAAAGAAAAGGCGGACGGGUGAAGGAUGGAAAAUAAAGCAAUGCAGUGUUUUAGUCGUAUAUAUUUCAGCAGGCCUUCUGAAGUUUAACUAAAAAUAUGACUGCUCUUUCUUCAGAGAACUGCUCUUCUCAGCACCAGUUACAUCAAACAAGUCAGCCCCUUGAUGGUAACUUUCUGCUUGUCUUGAUUAUACUUGGAAAAAUAUUAUUAAAUAUCCUCACACUGGGAAUGAGAAGAAAAAACACCUGUCAAAAUUUUAUGGAAUAUUUUUGCAUUUCUCUAGCAUUCAUUGAUCUUUUACUUUUGGUAAAUAUUUCCAUUAUAUCUUAUUUCAGGGAUUUUGUACUUUUGGGCAUUAGGUUUACUAAAUACCACAUCUGCUUGUUUACUCAAAUUAUUUCUUUUACUUAUGGCUUUUUGCAUUAUCCAGUUUUCCUGAUAGCUUGUAUAGAUUAUUAUAUUAAUUUCUCUAAAAUCAACCUUCCAUUUAAGUGUCAGAAAUUACUUUAUUUCUUUACAGUAAUUAUAAUUUGGAUUUCAGUUUUUGCUUAUGUUUUGGGAGAUCCAACUAUCUACCAAAACUUCAAGGCACAGAAUGUUUAUUCUUAUCAAUGUCCUUUCUACAUCAGCAUUCAAAGUUACUGGCUGUCAUUUUCCAUGGUGAUGAUUUUAUUUAUGGCUUUCAUAACCUCUUUGUCAGAAGUUAUUACCUUGGUACAGGCUAUUAGGAUAACUUCCUAUAUGAAUGAGACUAUACUAUAUUUUCCCUUUUCAUCCCACUUGAGUGAUACUGUGAGUUCUAAAAAAACACUCUUGCCGAGGUUCCUUGUCUGCUUUCUUGGUACCUGGUUACCAUUUGUACUACUGCAAAUAAUUAUCCUUUUAUUUAAAGUACAGAUUCCCUCAUAUAUUGAGAUGAACAUUCCGUGGUUGUACUUUGUCAAUAGUUUUCUCAUUGCUACUGUUUACUGGUUUAAUUGUCAAAAGCUGAAUUUAAGAGACAUCGCAUUACCUGUGGAUCCAUUUGUCAACUGGAAAUGCUGCUUCAUUCCACUUGCAAUUCAUAAUCUUGAGCAAAUUGAAAAGCCUAUAUCAAUAAUAAUUUGUUAAUAUGUUAUUACGUUAAAACUUACAACUGCGGAAAGAAUAAUGACUCAGGACAUACAAAAAUUGAACUGAUCUGAAGCCUUCCUCCACCGACCUGCCUCCCCGUGCUCAUGCUUUUUCAGAAUGUGUGUUUUGGGGCUAUGACAUUAUUUGUUUGUUUGUUUUUAACAAAAGAAUUCAAGAAGAAAAUGUUAUACCUGUUCAUGAAAAAUGCAUGUUGCAAAUAUUAAUACAGAAGUGAAAUGACUUUACAUUUGGCCACACUGAUGUUUGUGUUGUCCAAAAAACUACUGUAUGCAAACUGUUAUGUAAAUCUGAGAUUCGCUGCCAACUUUGAUAGAAACUUAAAUAAA